AGAAGCAGAAGGGAGCAAGACAAGAGGCCGAGCGAGGAAGGACGAGGAGAGGGGCAAGACCCACCAGGUGUCCCCGACCACGCCAUGUCCCUGGUGGAGACGAUCCGACUGUGGCAAGAGGGGGUGUGUGCAGCGGAUGGGAAGGAUUGGAGAGCAGCCCUGGAGGCCUUCCUGGCUGUCCAGAACCCCCCUGCCAAGAUCUGCUUCAACAUCGGCUGCAUCCACCUGGUGCUGGGGCAGCUGGCCGAGGCAGAGGAGGCGUUCACCCGGAGCAUUGGCUGUGACAAGCACCUGGCAGUGGCUUAUUUCCAGCGGGGGACGGUGUUUUACCGGAGGCAGAACCAUGAAAAGGCAGUCAAGGAUUUCAAAGAGGCACUGGCCCAGCUGCGAGGGAACCAGCUCAUCGACUACAAGAUCCUGGGGCUGCGAUACAGGCUCUUUGCUUGCGAGAUACUCUACAACAUCGCGCUGGUGCACGCCACGAUGCAGGACUGGGGGAAAGCUGAGGAGCACCUGACUCUGGCCAUGAGCAUGAAGACUGAGCCCCAGCACAACAAGAUCGACAGGGCAAUGGAAGCCAUCCUGAAGCAGAAGCUCUGCGAGCUGGUGGCCAUUCCCGCUGGGAAGCUGUUUAGACCAAAUGAAAAGCAAGUGGCUCAGCUGGAGAAGAAGGACUACCUGGGCAAGGCUAUGGUGGUGGCAUCCGUGGUGGACAAGGACAGUUUUUCAGGAUUUGCUCCACUCCAGCCACAGGCCUCUGAUCCUCCACCCAGGCCUAAGACCCCAGAAAUCCUGAGGGCCCUUGAAGGGCAGCCACACCGUGUCCUGUACGAGUUCAUCCCCGAGACCGAUGAGGAGCUGCCGGUCCUGCCAGGAAACAUUGUCUUUGUCUUGAAGAAAGAGAAGGACAACUGGGCUACAGUGAUGUUCAAUGGAAAGAAAGGGAUCGUCCCCUGCAACUUCCUCGAGCCUGUGGAGCUCCAGAACAAGCUGCACGUUCAGGAAGAAAUCCCUGCUGAAGCUGAGAUCCCAGAGCCACCCAGCUCCACCGCUCCCGAGAAGCCGCGGCGGCCACCACCAGACUAUACUCCUGCUACUGCAACGCAGCCCAGAGAAACAGAGAAGGAGGCUGAAGCAGCCAUCUCCAGUCCCCAUGUCCUCAAGGUACAUUACAAAUACACAGUGGCCCUGCAAGUCAAGCCAGGCCUCUCCUACAUGGAGCUUCUGGACCUGGUUUGCAAGAAGCUGGAACUCCAGCCCGAGCACACAGAGCUGAGGUACAAGCCUGCAGAGAGCCAGGAGCUGGUGGCCCUGAGCACAGAGAACCUGGAUGCAGCCUGGAGCCAGAGCAAGGACAACUGCCUGACAGUCUGGUGUGACAUCACGGAGGGAGAGGGCUUUUUGCUGGAAAACAAGCCAGAGGAGCCGCCGCAGGAGGCAACGCUGGAGGAGACAGGACCAACCCAAGUCAUAGCACAGUACAAUUACAAAGCCACCCAACCUGAAGACCUGGAGUUUCAGGCAGGAGAUGUGAUACUUGUUUUAUCCAAAGUGAAUGAAGACUGGUUAGAAGGUCAGUGCAAUGGGAAGAUUGGCAUCUUCCCAUCUGCUUUCGUUCAGAAGUCAAACACUAAAGACCUGGAGAUGUGAUUUCAGAAGAGUUUAAGGUCGUGGACACGGAAAGAAAUGAAGAAUUCAACUGCUGCAAUUAAAAAGUUUCCAUAAUAAUCACUGCACUGGAAAAAGGACUUAAAAUAGUACGUCUACUUGUAUUAAAAGCUUUAUCUUCUAUUUUACCCUUUGCACUGCUCUCUAAAACAGGUACUGAUUAAAAAGUUGCUAACUGUCUUCCUGUUAAGCUUAUAUUCAGUCCUAAAAGCUCUGCUUACCAACAGAUCUGCUGGCAAUAGCUCUGCCUCACCUUCACCCUGCCCUCAGUGAUGCUUUUCUACAGAGAAGCCAGGGGCUGGGAAAACCCAGGAGUGGGUGGUGCCACUUGCACUGCCAGCCCUGCUGACAGAGCCAGGAGAGGAACAGGCACUCAGGAAGCUGUAAGACCAGGAAGGGCUGAAUUUCCACGAGGUUAAACAAGACACGUUGUGCGGCCUCGCCCGGCUCCGAUGGACAAUGCUCUUCAAACCCACCCACCAGUACAAACACACAUACUCUUCACCUUUUGGAGCUGCAUCUCAAAGCUUUUUCUCAGCAGUCAGAGGAGACAGGAAGUUAGAAAGACACUCAGCAGGUCACACAGCAACGCAGUGGUCACCUCUGUCAAAGCCUACACCAAUGUUGAUGCCCUCUUCCCUAUCCAAGAGGUUUGGGCCCCCCUGCCUCUGGCACUGCUCUCAAACCAUCUCCCCCUCCCUGGCUGCUGGCAGCUGCUCCUUCUGGCAUUUUAAAAUGGUCUGCCCUGCUCCAUCCUCGACACACACAAGCUGGAGCUUGAGCCAGACACCUACAGUUAUUUGCUUCAAAGAGGCCAAGGGCAGCAGUUUUCCCACUUCUGCUCCUAUCAGGCAAGUUCUGCAGAAGCCUGCUCUCCCAACAACCUAAACCUCACUUGUUUUUGAAGGAACUUGUU